GAAUUUGGUUGGAGUUUUAAUGAUUUGAAACAUGAGCAACAAAUUAAUUAUUUGCUACGCAUGUCUGAGCACAGAGCGUACACUGUUCCCCAUUGAAAAAUUACAAGAUUUACUAACAAAUGUGGACUUCUUUGACUUGAAUCUGAGUAAUGAAGGGGGCAUAUGCUGGGAAUGUAAAAGAAUAUUCUUAAAGUUCUCGAGGUUCAAAAAACAAAUUGUAUUAGCUCAAGAAUCUUUACAGCAAGUGGAAAAGCUUCAGGGACUGCAAUGCCUAAGUACAUUAUCAUGCACGAUUUCUACUACCCCCAGUUAUUCUGUCUCACACAAAGAACCAGCCAUCUCUGAAUCCGUAGACAACGGAAUAUAUAGUUAUUCUAGUUCAUUGGAAACCGUAGACAACCAGCCUAAAGAAAUAAAACAAGAAAUUGAUGUUGCCAACAACAUUUCAGACCAUAAUGAUGAUAAAGUUAAAAAACUACCGAUUGCAAAGAAAAAGAAAACAAAAGCCGUAGUAGACAAAGUGGAGUUUGAUGAUAUUAAAGAUAAGUUCAUAGAGGUAGAGUUCACGGAAGAGGAGAUGGUAAAAAGCAGAGAAGAGAAGAGGAGUCACCCAAACUUUAAGAAAUUGCCAUACAACUGUUAUAUGUGUGUGCUCGGGUUUACAAGGAAGGAGAAUCGUGAAAUGCAUACGGAAAAGAAGCACAAUGCGAGUAUCGGACGUCACAUCUGCCCAGUAUGCCAAGUGCGCUUCGCUAGCAUUGCAACUCUAACCAAACAUGUUCGGAAGCACUACCACUGCUACCGUUGCAAACUUUGCUCGUAUGAGACCACGGAGCUCUGGUCAGCGCUCAGCCACAGUCGGGGCAAGCACAGCGGGGACGAAGAGGGCAGUAUACAUUGCAAGAAGUGUAGCCAUGUUGCUAAGAGUGGCGAGGAGCUAGAACAGCACACGAAGUCCCAACAUUACCUCAUUUGCAAAGAGUGCGGCGAAAAGUUCAAAGGGUCACACACGCUCAAAACGCAUAAACGUCGCAUCCACGCGACCGUGCGCGAGCACGCAUGCGACACGUGCCCGCGCACGUUCCGGUCCCGCGGCCGCCUGGAGGCGCACGCCGCCGCGCACGGGCCGGCCGCCGCGCAGCGCCUCGCCUACUGCGCCCUGUGCCGAGUGCAGUACAAGAACGUGUACGUGUAUAGGAACCAUCUGGUGAACAGCGCCAAUCAUAGCGAGAGGAGGUAUCACUGCGAAGAGUGUGGCAAGAAUUUCGCGUCAAAAGUUUACUACAAGAGGCACUACACGUUUUAUCACCAGAAAGAGUCUAACCACAAAUGUGAACUUUGCGACCGGUUGUUCAUAUCGGAUUUCCGGCUGCGUCAGCACCGGCAGAUGCGGCACGGCGCCGAGCGGAUCCGGAGCCACGCGUGCGACCAGUGCGGGAAGAAGUUCUAUACGGCGACAACCCUGCGCGCGCACCAGCUGACGCACUCGGCGGCGCGCACGUUCAUGUGCGCGCGCUGCGGCGACACGUUCAAGCAGCGCCCCGCGCUCUACACGCACACGCGGCUCGUACACCAGGGGCUCAACAAACACGCUACUUAG